GAUCAGACAGUAGUCGAACUGCCAAGCGAUCGGUUGGGCUUCAAAGGUACUUCAAAUUCGAGCUAGAGGGAAAACUAGUGCAACAUGGCCCGACUUCUUAUCGCCGCUGUUGCCGCGCUUUGUCUAGCGCUCUGCAGCUUUGGCUCUGUCAAUGCCCGCCAAGGUUAUGGACCCGGGGAACAGGAUUGGGGAUUCGUUGAUGUGCGAACGGGUGCACACAUGUUCUAUUGGCUCUACUACACCACGGCCAAUGUAUCCAGCUACACGGAACGUCCCCUGGCCAUUUGGCUGCAAGGAGGACCAGGUGCCUCGUCUACUGGCUAUGGCAACUUCGAGGAGCUGGGGCCGCUGAAGCUUGACGGAAGCUACCGCGAGUGGAACUGGGCCAAAGACAUGAACGUGAUGUUCAUCGACAAUCCCGUGGGUAGCGGCUUCAGCUACGUCGACAACUCAUCGUAUUAUACGACGACGAACAAGCAGAUCGCCCUGGAUCUGGUGGAGCUGAUGAAGGGCUUUUAUGAGAAUCAUCCGGAGUUCAAGGCUGUGCCCUUGCACAUCUUCUGCGAGAGCUACGGCGGAAAGAUGGCCCCAGAGUUCGCUCUGGAGCUGUACUAUGCCAUUCAGCGCGGUGAGAUCGAUAGUAACUUGGUGUCGGUUGGAUUGGGUGAUCCGUGGACAUCGCCCAUCGAUUCCGUGCUCUCCUGGGCUUCGUUUCUCCUUCAGCUGGGCAUCGUUGAUCAGGAUGGCCAUGACAAGAUCGAGUCUUCGGCCGCAUCGACCAAGAGAUAUGUAGACCGUGAGCUUUGGACCCUGGCCACACUACAGUGGAGCUCCACGCAGUCGGUGGUGCUUCGUGAGUCGAAGGGCGUCGACUUCUACAAUGUGGAGACACCGACGCUUGGCGAUAAGUACGUGCUGAGGUCAAUGGCCAUGAGUCAAGAGGAGCUCAUGUACCGCACUUUAGUGCACUACGACAUUGACGAGGAUCGGGACAAGCUUCUCGAGGAGUUGAUGCAGGGCCCCGUCACAGAGGCCCUCAACAUCACCACUGGCGUCAAGUGGGGCGCACAGAGCAGCGCAACCUUCUCCUCGCUAAUGGGUGAUUUCAUGAAGCCUGCCGUCCACAUUGUGGGUGAACUGCUGAGCAACACCACCGUCAGAGUGGGUGUGUUCUCCGGCGGCCUGGACCUGAUCUGUGCCACCCCAGGAGCUGUCAAUUGGAUUGCCGACAUGGAGUGGACGGACAAGGCGGCCUACCUGGCUGCUCCGCGCGUUGGCAUCACCGUGGAUCGUGUCCUAGAGGGCUACGAGAAGACGGCUGGAAAUUUCAGCAUGUUCUGGGUGAAUCGUGCGGGACACAUGGUGCCCGCCGAUAAUCCGGCAGCCAUGUCUUACAUUCUGCGCAAAUUCACCAACUUUGGUUAAGCGU